GGUAACGCUCCGUAGGGACUUAUAAAUCCGCCGUCAUGGCAAUUCCCUGUACUAUUUGUGGGCGUACCUUUAACAACUAUUAUUCAUUACGCCUGCACCUUGACUCGGAUGCCCACGCCACACUCACCUGGAACUGCGAACGCGUCUGCGGCCGUGUCUUUACCACCCCAGAAGCUCUGGCCUACCACCAAAGCGUGGCACCUCUCCACCACAUCUUAGACCGUUAUGUGCAAGGCACUCCGGAUUACGAGGAGGAAUUCUUGUGUUGCCAAGACUGUGACCGCGACUUUGACAAUAUCCAUGCCCUCUACCAACACCUGCGAUACAAUUCACGCCACCGCAUGACAGAAGAACAGCUUCUACCUUAUGGAUAUGGAGAGCGACCGUCUUUCCGGUCUGUCGCGGAAUCCCUCACUCGCUUACGACUCGAGGAGGAACAGGAGCAGCAGGGACGACGGCAGCGGGAACGACAACACCUCGUUCAAGACGAGCACUCUUCAUCUCAUGCCGUGCAACCCGUCGAACAGGCAUCCACACACAGCAGCUUUACAUCAUCCUUUGAGUCUCGCUCUAGUACACUUCAGAAUCUACCGAACCCCCACUCGACCACUGCUUCUGGUUCCAAUUUUGUCGUUCAAGCCGGCCUGAGCUCGCCAACUCCCGACGUAGAGACGAAUGUCCCAGUAGAUACCGGGCCAGACCACUUGAGCCCCUGGGUGCAGAAUCUUACAUUGAAUAACCCACCCGCAACAUCACAAACCGUUGAUGCCAGUACGAGGCAGGGUCCCGUGGGCUCUGAAGCAGUCAGCCGCUCAACCAGCAGUUUCUUCCCUCGUGCACCGGCGACCUUGGCACACCCCCCACAAUCCUCUCAGUCAAUUAGAUCUCUUUUUGACAAUGAUCCAAUCACCGCAGCACAUUUCGCGUUUAAGGUGGAGAAAAACAAGCCUUUCGAGCAUCGAAAGACUGUCAUUCAUGCUUCUCCAGCCGAGCGCAUGGCUAGAUCCCCUGCGAAACAGCGUGUGCCCACACUUCAGGAAGAACUGGGCAUACUCCAGGAAGAACUAGUGGCCAUGGCAGCAAAGAUGGCGUUCAUGGAAUCGGAACUCCAAGCGGCAAAGGAUGCCCUGCAGUGCCAAGAGUCGCAACGCCAAUGUGUAAUGUGCUUUGAACGCGAUUUCGAUUCCGUGACUAAGUGCGGACACCAAUUCUGCGGAGUCUGCAUCGAUUCUUGGCAGUCUCAGCAUCGCAGCCCGUGGCAAACCCCAUGCCCUAUAUGCAGAAAGGCAAUGGGAAAGGCCAUCAGAGUAUACAAUGAGUCGUCUGUGUAGGCGCUUGACACGCAUGCACCUAUUGUGUCAGUAUGAAUGAUCCCUAUAGGUCAUCUGCCGUCGCUCUGUGCCUAGCAACUUUAUAAAUGGGAGCUUCUUUGGACCCUUAUAUGUCCCGGGUUUGGAGUCGGGGAACACUGGACCGGUUGUUUUGGAUUGAUUUGAUAUUUUCUAAUACCUUAAUAAAUAUUUGUUAG